GAGACUGUCGAUGUUAGGCAAUUUGAUUGGCUGGACGUGCCUCUAGCGUGUCGGCCUGUCAGUGCGUGCGCGCGCCACCUCCCUGUCAGCGCUUCCGCAUCCGCUACCCGUAUUCCGUGAGCGCAUCCCUGAUUCUUCCUCGCGUUUCUUCUGAUUCACUCGGUGCCGGCAACAUCAUGAAUGAGGAGUACGACGUAAUCGUGUUAGGCACCGGCCUGACGGAAUGCAUCCUCUCUGGAAUAAUGUCUGUGAAUGGCAAAAAGGUCUUACACAUGGAUAGAAACUCUUACUAUGGAGGAGAGAGUGCAUCAAUAACACCUUUGGAAGAUCUGUACAAAAGGUUUAAUAUACCUGGAAGCCCUCCGGAGUCUAUGGGACGAGGAAGAGACUGGAAUGUGGACCUCAUUCCCAAAUUUCUUAUGGCCAAUGGCCAGUUAGUGAAGAUGUUGCUUUUCACAGAAGUUACCCGUUAUCUGGACUUUAAAGUUAUUGAGGGGAGCUUUGUCUACAAAGGAGGCAAAAUCUAUAAGGUCCCUUCAACUGAAACAGAAGCCCUUGCAUCUAGUUUAAUGGGGAUGUUUGAAAAGCGACGAUUUAAGAAAUUUCUGAGCUACGUUGCCAGCUUUGAUGAGAAUGACAGCAAGACACAAGAAGGUGUUGACCCAAAGAAAACUACAAUGCGAGAUGUCUACAAGAAGUUUGAUUUGGGCCAGGAUGUUGUUGACUUUACAGGUCAUGCUCUGGCACUCUAUAGGACUGAUGAAUAUUUGGACCAGCCCUGUCUUGAGACGGUAAACCGGAUUAAAUUGUACAGUGAAUCUCUUGCUCGAUACGGCAAAAGCCCAUACCUUUAUCCACUCUAUGGCCUUGGAGAACUGCCACAAGGUUUUGCAAGACUGAGUGCCAUUUAUGGUGGGACAUAUAUGUUGAACAAACCAAUAGAAGAGCUGGUGAUGGAGAAUGGCAAAAUUGUUGGUGUGAAGUCUGAAGGGGAGGUGGCCCGAUGCAAGCAGCUGAUAUGUGAUCCUAGUUACGUUCCAGAUCGGGUGACUAAAGUAGGACAGGUUAUCCGUGUAAUUUGUAUUCUGAGCCAUCCAAUAAAGAACACAAAUGAUGCCAAUUCCUGCCAGAUCAUCAUUCCACAGAAUCAAGUCAACAGAAAAUCUGACAUCUAUGUGUGCAUGAUUUCAUAUGCCCACAAUGUGGCUGCACAAGGAAAAUAUAUUGCAAUAAUCAGCACUACUGUUGAAACAAACGACCCGGAGAGAGAGAUCAAGCCCGCUCUGGAUCUCCUGGAACCCAUUGAGCAGAAGUUUGUUAGCAUUAGUGACAUGUUUGCACCUACUGAUAUGGGAACCGAAAGCCAGAUAUUUAUUUCUCGCACUUAUGAUCCUACCACCCACUUUGAAACCACCUGCAAUGACAUUAAGGAUAUCUACAAAAGGAUGAUGGGCUCAGAAUUUGACUUUGAAGAGAUGAAACGCAAGAAGAGCGACAUUUUUGGCGAAGACCAAUAAGCUCCCAGUAUAGGAGAAGUUUUGAAUCUGCUUCAAAUAUGUAUUUCAGGAACUUAGGAACACUGUAUGAAUCUCAAUAUUGUAUGGCCUGCUUUGUUGUAAAGACCUCAUGACAUCAAAGAGUAUUGCACUGGUAAUUGCUCCCUUCUGUUUCAUGAUGGCUUUCCCCCCCCCCCUUCCCUUUUUUCUAUCAAAGAGGCUGCUGUUAAAAAUAAGUCCUAUUUGUGCGGUUCUUUUUUCUGUUACCUCCAAUAGGUUUUUUGAAGGCAUCUAAAUGUUCUGGUUGAAUCCAAAGUGUAAACGAUGUAUCGAUGUGCAUAUAAUAUUGCCAUUUUAAGCUUGGUAUUUUAAUUUAGAAUUCACCAUGGUAUUUUGCUUUGGAAGAAGCUAGAGGGGUUGUGGCCUGCAAGGAGUCUCCCUUGCCCCAGGAACAAUUCUGUGCCCACCCUUUUGCCCAUUAAUUGUACAAAUCUUUUAUCAAUGAAGCGCCUCUCCGUUACUGCUUUCUCCUCCCCUCGUAUAGUCUGUACCCAAUUCUCUCUGCCCUGUGUAACUCCUGGAGUGCCAUUCUCAUGUUUUAAACUAUUGCCACCGGCUAGGGAAAAAAAAAAAGUUGGGCUGUAGACCACCUUUCUGUUUUAAUCUAAUAAAGUAACAAACACAAAGUAUUACGCAGGUAAGGCUUGGACGCAUUUUUCUAAACACUGUUGCAACUCUUUGAAAGGACCAAACUGAGAAUUGUCUGGUGUGUUGCUCCAUAGAAUUUGAAAUGAUUUCUGUACUGCAAAGUAAAGCCAAAUUCUGGAA